GAACCGUUUAUAGUAGAAUAUCUCUGAUUAUUAUGGUUAAAUAUUUACUAUUUAAUGAUACUUUUUGUAACAUAACUCAUUUUAAACAAUCUUACUUGUUAAUUAGAGAGGAUUCCCAUGGGUUUUUAGUGCAUAUAGGAAUGAUAAUUACUGCUACAAUUACUUUGUAUCCAAGGAGUAUAUAAUAAUUUAAUAAUUUAGUUGCUAAAGUCUAUGACAACUAUCUGGAGCACUUGACAACAGCAAUAAAGCUCGCUGUUUACAUGCAGGAUAGGGCACUCAACAUUGUAUUUAACUGCACAUCUCAUCAUAUAAGAUUAUUCUGAGGAAGAGAACUGGAAAACACGGACGAAAAUGUAUGAGGGUUCCUGGGAAAUUACAAUCAAGAAACAUUCACCCGAGGAGAUAGGAAUCACAAAUUGACGUGUCAUAUGAUCUAUGAAUUAUAUUAUGAGGAAAACUCUAGCGUGCUACGAAAGAAUGCUGAUAGGUUAGGACCCCUCGAACAUACAUAGAGGUAACGGUGAAUCAAAAAAUGGAGUAAAAUUAGUUAAAUGUAUGCAUAUAUGACAUAUAACUAGUCAUUACAGUAAGAAUAUAAACAAAUUAAGGGCCUCAUGGAAGAUUGGGUAUCAAUACAAAAGAUGUAAAUAUACACCAAAUGGUGUUAUUUCCCAUGACGGUCUUCGCAGUCAUGGUUUCGAAAUAUUAACAGUGCAGUGACAUUUAACCUGAAUCUGACAGGCUACUCUCAUUUGAUUCGUCUAUUUUCAUAGACCCAUUCUAUAGUGGAAUAACAAAAAUAUCUAUUAGAAUAUUUAAGAUUUUCACAGGUAUGAUGGCUAUCCUAAAUAGAUUAGCUGCCGGUACACAUAUUAGCUAAACAAUUCCGAGUUGAUAAAAAUGAUUUAGUUUCGAAGAUGUACACAUUUCACGAAACUAGAGCAAUUAUUUAUUAAAUAUUACUAAUUUGGCUAUAACAAUAACUCUGUAAAAAUCUAACGACUGUGAACAACAUUUUGUGCAAAACUCUGGUAAAUAUGGCUAUGGUACCAAUAUAUUUCGUUACCUCUAUUAUGGUGCGUCCAUUGCAUUUUAAGGUAAAUGAUCAUAGUUAUCCCGCCUAUAUAAAUUUAUGUUCCUUUAAUCUAUCCCAUGGAAGAAGCAGGAGCUCUUCUAAAUAAUACCGUUAAUGUUUCACCUCUAACCUCCAACAUGACCUCUGAACACAUAUUGGAGAUUUUUGGUAAUUUUGGCAAGAUACGGAAUUUAAAAAUAGAAGAUUAUCAAAUGGAAGAGGGCCAAAGCCGUCGUGCACUAGUAUCGUUUGAAAGUUCAGACAGCGCCAACGAGGCGAUAUCGCAUCUAGACAAGGGAGAAAUAGACGGGGUUGUUGUGAAAGUAUCGCUGGAUCCACCAAGCACGACGUCUAACGAACCAGAUUCUACGGAUCCACUGGACGACAUAAAAUAGGAUAAACAUAAU